AUGCUCACGACAGUGGCCAAAGCAACUGCCCUCCUGGCACUUGUGCCCGCGGUAUCAUCUUGGACACUACCACGCGUGUCAAGCAACAAUGCACUUUCUCAUCUAGAAGUUCCAUGGAAAGAGAGAGGUCUUUACUCUGGAUCGGCAGCAAGGAGCGUAGCUAGAAGAGAUGGCUAUCAAACAGGUUGUAAUCACGGACCAGCAGCGAGGUCAUGCUGGAAGGACAAAUACAAUGUUGACACUGAUAUGGACCUUGAAUGGCCUACAACCGGAGUAGUAAGGAGGUAUCACCUUGAAAUUACGAAUGUCACGAUGGCACCAGAUGGUUUUGAGCGACCCAUGUCGGUCUUCAAUGGCCAGUACCCAGGACCAACUAUUGAGGCUGAUUGGGGAGACGAGAUUGAGGUCACUGUGACCAAUUAUCUCGAGAAUAAUGGCACUGGAGUUCAUUGGCAUGGAUUGCGACAACUUGGUUCAAACGAAAUGGAUGGAACGAAUGGUCUGACCGAAUGCCCAAUUGUACCAGGGGCCACCAAAGUCUACCGGUUCAAAGCAACGCAGUAUGGCACAUCGUGGUACCAUUCGCAUUACUCUGUCCAGUAUGGAGAUGGUCUAGUCGGCCCCAUCGUCAUCCAUGGCCCUGCAACAGGCGAUUAUGACAUCGAUCUUGGAGUUCUGCCGUUCAGUGACUGGUUUCACUCGACAAUCUUUACAGUCAAUCAUGCAACUCUUCACGCAAAGGGCCCGCCGACUGCAGACAAUCUUCUGAUCAACGGAUCUAUGACUUCAUCUGUAGGAGGCCAGUAUGCAGUCACGACCUUGACACCAGGAAAAACCCAUCGGCUUCGUCUCGUAAACAUGGGUAUCAACAACUGGGUCCACGUCGGAAUCGACAAUCACCCUUUCACGGUCAUUGCGGCAGACUUCAUUCCUAUUGAGCCUUUUGAGGCGACCUCGCUGAAUAUCGCUGUUGGACAACGGUACGACAUCAUAAUCAACGCGACCCAGCCAGUCGGUAACUACUGGCUUCGUGUCGGCACCGGAGGACGUUGUGACGGCCCGAACGCAAAUUCCGCCAACAUCGGUAGCAUCAUUCGCUAUGCAGGCGCCGAAGAUGCCAAUCCCGAGUCCACAGCUGCCGCACCUCUACCCGCUGGGUGCUAUGAUGAGCCCAUUGUCCCUUACGUCAAAACACAUGUCCCACAAGACGUUCCCGAGGAGUUGAAACUAAUUUUCACUGAUACUGGUGGUUUCAAUAGCAGUGAUCUCGUUCAGUGGAAGGUUAAUGAUGUGCCUAUGCUGAUUGAUUUCGAUAAGCCUACUCUACAGACCGUGUUUGAAGGCUUCACAGGCAAUCAGACUUGGGGCAAGACCGAAAACGUGUUCGAAGUUGGCGACAAGGGGCAUGCAUGGCAAUAUUGGGUUAUCCAGCAAGACAAUGUAACCGCACCCCCAGUUCCUCACCCAAUCCAUCUGCAUGGUCACGACUUCUUCGUCUUGGCCCAGAAGGCAAAUGCUGUCUGGAACGGCGACAUAUCCACUCUAAAUAUGGACAACCCGAUCCGACGUGAUACAGCCACACUCCCUGCGGGAGGUUAUCUAGUGCUCGCAUUCGAGUCCGACAACCCUGGUGCAUGGCUGGCAAGUUCUAACAUUGAUUGUUUCACGAUGCACUGCCACAUCCCGUUCCACAUCUCUGGCGGCCUUGGCGUGCAGUUCAUCGAGAGAAAAGAAGAGAUCUUAAAGAGUAUCGGCAAUCUCGGUGACAUGCAACAGGGCUGCGCAGACUGGCAGAAGUACCAUGCUGAGAAUUGGCCCAAUGGCAUUCUGAUUGAGGGGGACUCUGGGCUUUAG